CCCCCCCCCCACACACUAGCGCCAACACCACCCCCCAACACACAGCCUGCCUACCUCCGCCACGGACCAGCACGCGCUAUCAGACCCCCCCAACAAAACGGGAUACAUUUUUCCCCCUCAUUUUUGUCUUCUUGAUGAAUUAGGAUUCUUCGCAACAUUUGGAUACAACGCUGAGGCAGCAGAAGAUCACCGCGGGGACGUUUGCUUUUUUUUUUCUUCCACGCGAGAAUCAAAGUGGGCUUUCGGGAGGGAAGGGGGGAAUGAAGACGAAAAAAGGUUUGAUGAUGCUGUCGGGGAGCGAGACGGACGAUGACGAUGGUGUGGACGUGCCCCUGGACCUGUCAUCCAGCGGUGGAGGAGGUGGGAAAAGGAAGCGGCGCGGCAACCUGCCCAAGGAGUCGGUGCAGAUUCUCAGGGAUUGGUUGUACGAGCACCGCUACAACGCGUACCCGUCGGAGCAGGAGAAGGCUCUCCUCUCCAAGCAGACGCAGCUUUCCACACUGCAGGUUUGCAACUGGUUCAUCAACGCACGCCGGCGCCUCCUCCCCGAGAUGUUGCGGAAAGACGGCAAGGACCCCAACCAGUUCACCAUCUCCAGGAAGUGCGGCAAGGCCGGCGACAGCUUCUCCGAUAGCUCCCAGUCGCCCAAACACAGCAGCAGCAGCAGCCCGGUCGGUGGUACCCACGACGACGGCGGCUACGACAAACGGGUCCUGCACCCUUCCUGCUUCGAGCCCGCCGCGGCCGGCGUCCUGAGGAAGGCGGCGUCGCCGUCCUCCUCGACGGCGUCGCCCACCUGCGCGUCCCCUUCGUCGGGCAACCCGCCCACCCGGCCGUCUGUCAUCUGUCACACCACCGUCGCCAGCCCGACCGCUUUGCACCCGUCGUUGCUGAACUCCGAUAAGGCGGCCGAGCGGCUGCAGGCGGCGCAGGCGCUCCUCAGGUGUCUCGAUAAAGGGGCGGGCGCCCACCUCCCCGCCGGCGCCACAACAAGUACCGGCACCAUCCUGGAGGGAAACCUGAGCCCCCGCAGCGGGCUCUUCAACACCCCUCCUCCGACCCCGCCGGACCUCACGCAAGACUUCAGUGGCUUCCAGCUCCUGGUGGAUGUGGCCCUGAAGCGGGCCGCCGAGAUGGAGCUGCAGGCCAAACAGUUAGUCUCCUAAAAGGGAGCCGGGGGGGAACCCCAAAUUGACAAACUGUGAACAAGCCCUCUCAUCUUUUUUAAACCAAUCAAAUUGUUUUUGUUUUGUCUUUUUUUUUUUAAUAACAAAAACAACAGUAUCACGGUGCCUUGGCUCGAAGAUGUUUAUCCAUUUCAUAUUUGUAUCUUAUUUGCACCCCGGGGACCAAAAAAAAACAAAAAAUGGGACAAAUGCUACCUGUCUUACAUCUGUCAUCCAAACACGUUUCAGGUCCUGAUGGAUCUCAAUGUCUUAACAGACUUUUUAUUUCAUUUUAUGAUUAUUUUUUUAACAUUUUUUUUGCUCUUGGCAUCAACGUAUUUACUACUGUAGUUAAUGUUACACUAUAGUUUGUCAUUUAGCGGUUAUGUCGUUUUACUUUAAUGCCCACCUAAGGGACAUAUUCCUGAUGAAAAAAAAAUGUAGCAGGUUGGGCCAGUGGACUGGAUGAGAACACUACAGGUUUCUUCACGCUGUUUUAUUUUUAUUUUUUUGGGAGAAAGACAGCCAAAAAGAAGCAUAUUCAUGUACAAUAGGACCACGUGUAUAGAUAAUGUGACAACACGACGCCCUCUUAUGUGAUUUCUUUUCAUACAGUGCAAUGUUUGUGGCGAGCAAGAGGUCACGCGGGACUCAAAUAAAGUUUUGUGGGUUUUUUUUCUA